CUUUAGCAGUGAUACUGUGUAGUGUGUACAUAUACUAUCAAAAUCAUUUCAAUGCUUUUACGUAAUCAUCCAGAUUCCUCUUUAGUCCACAACCUAAAGCUUUUACACUGGAGUAUUAAAUAUUCUACUUCUACAUCCCUCUCUUCUGUCUUCCCGACCAAUAAAACGACAAUCUAACCUACACGAGAUUUAACAUCUUACGUACUACAAAGACAACAUCCUCGUGUUCUAGCUGAAUAUAUCAUUAAACCUCGGUCCCCAUGAAAACCACGUUCUCAAGCUCACGUCAAUUUCGUUUCUUUUAAUCAUUAUCUUCCACUUCCACCCUGUCCACACUGCUAUAGAUUUUACAAAUGACUAUCGAAGCUAUAUAUAUUGACAAUCUUGAGGAAUAACAUCCUCGUAUAAUAGUUAGCAGUACUAAAUAAACGAAGUACAACAGAAUAAUGAGUUGCUUGGAAAGCUGGCCAGAGCCAAUUAUUAGAGUUCAAGAACUAUCAGAAAGUGGCAUUCAGGAAAUCCCUGGUCGUUUCGUGAAAAAGCCAGCGGACAGACCAUGUUUGCUGGACACUGAAGCUAACAUUCCAUUAAUUGACCUCGAAAACUUGAACUCUUGCGAUGAAUCUGCUCGCCAUGAAACUAUGAACCUCAUUUUCCAGGCUUGUCGCGACUGGGGUUUUUUCCAGGUGGUGAGUCAUGGCGUUAGCCAUGACCUGAUGGCAAAAACUCGCGGUGUUUGGCGCGAGUUUUUCCAUCUUCCGUUGGAGGAGAAGCAGAAAUUUGCAAAUUCUCCGAUUACUUAUGAAGGUUAUGGGAGUAGGCUUGGAGUGGAGAAAGGUGCUAAAUUGGAUUGGUGUGAUUAUUUCUUCCUUCAUUAUCUUCCUGAGAAGUUAAAGGAUGAGAAUAAAUGGCCUAGUCUUCCAAUUUCACGCAGGGAAAUAAUUUCAGAAUAUGGACAAGAAGUAGCUAAGCUAAGCGAAAAGUUACUCAAAAUCUUAUCUAUAAACCUCGGAUUAAACGAGGAUUAUCUACACCAAAGAUUUGGAGGAAACAGCAAAAUAGGUGCUUGCUUAAGAGUAAAUUUUUACCCAAAAUGCCCCCAGCCAGAUCUUACCCUAGGUCUCUCUCCCCACUCUGAUCCUGGUGGCCUGACCCUUCUUCUCCCUGAUAUCGACGUUUCCGGCCUCCAAGUCCGUCAUGGCGAUAACUGGCUAACUGUUAAACCUGUUCCUAAUGCCUUUGUUGUCAACAUUGGAGAUCAAAUUCAGGUAUUAAGUAAUGCAAAUUACAAAAGUGUAGAGCACAGAGUGAUAGUUAAUUCAGCCAAAGAACGGGUUUCCUUAGCAUUCUUCUACAAUCCUGGAGGUGACAUACUCAUCAAACCUGCAGAUGAACUUGUGACGGAGGACAGGCCGGCGUUAUAUCGUCCGACGACGUUCAACGAGUAUCGAGCUUUAAUCAGAACCAAAGGUCCUUCUGGAAAAUCUCAAGUUGAAUCACUAAAAUCGCCAAGAUAAAUUACCUUUUGUAUUUAGGAAGUCAUGACUCUAUAUGUAUGGCAAUAUAUGCUGCUUAGCUACUGCUCAUGAUGUAUUCUGAUAUUUCCAUGUCAUGUCUUUUAUGCUUUUGCCAAAUUUAACUUCUUUAUACUAAGGGAACUUCAA